AUGGGAGCGCGUAUAGAUGUGCUCGGCGAUUCAGUGCUCUACGACCCCACAUCUUCUUCACCUGGGCUUCGAGACUCGUUUUACAGCGCACAGCAACGUGAUGUCGUCCCAGCAUGUGUCAUUACACCAAGCUCACCAGAUGAGGUCGCUCAAGCAAUUCAGGUGAUACGACAACACAAUUGUAUCUUUGCCGUCAAAUCUGGUGGUCAUGCGAUGUUCGUUGGAGCUUCGAAUGCUCCAGGGGGUAUUACUCUCGACUUGAAAAAGCUCAAUACUAUCGAUGUGUCUGAAGAUUUAAAAACGGCGAGGGUAGGGACGAGGAACAGAUGGAGGAAUGUGUAUGAGACACUGGAGCCACUGAAUCGGACACCAGUCGGUGGGCGCAAUGGAGCCGUUGGUGUGGGAGGUUUUAUUCUGGGAGGUGGCAUUAGCUUUGUUUCUCGUCGAUACGGCUGGGCUCUGGACAAUGUCCGAAACUUUGAGGCGGUCCUCGCAAAUGGAAGCUUGAGUAAUAUCAAUCAGCAAUCGUCUCCUAAUCUCUACUGGGCACUUCGUGGUGGCGGCAAUAACUUCGGGAUUGUGACGAACUUCGAUCUGGAAAUCUAUCAACAAGGAGAGGUCUGGGGCGGUCAAAAUUUCUGGCUUAUGAACAAAGACAUGCUUGCCAAUCGAACAGCCCGACUUAACAUCUCAUCGCCUCCCAUAGCUUUCUCAAUGGACUAUGUCAAAAAUUCCUUUUUUACGGGCAUAACAAAACUCGCAUGCAGACUCGGCUAUUGCAUUACAAGCGAGCAAGCAUUUCGCGCGUUCAAGAAUAUCGUUUUAGCAAAGCAGAGUGAUGUUUAUGCUCAGACCUGGAUGACCUACACCUAUGUAUCUCAGAUAGAUCAGUUUAUAUUUGGAGCAGCUCUGGUCUAUAGCAAACCUGAAGUUUGGCCAUCUAUCUUCACCGAAUUCAAGACCCUCAAGAGUGUAUACAGUUCCACCAAGAUACAGAACUUUACGUCUGUGUACGAAGAGGUUGUCAGCUUGAAUGAAAUUGGAUAUCGCCAAAUGACAGCGGCAAUCACCUUCCAGAUGAGUGGAGACCUUUUGGAUAGGAUUCUUGAUGUCUACCUCGUCGAAGUACAGUCUGUCAAGAAUGUCAAGGAUAUUGCAAUAUUUAGAGAGAAUGGUGGAAAUUGUCUAGGACUUGAGGACCUGGAUGGGCCAUUAAUGAUGUUUAGCCUCAGCUUUCGAUGGUCGAAAAUAGAAGAUGAUACAAAGAUGAACGCAGUGGGCAUCAGGAUUCUCGAUCGUGCUGUAGCUAUGACAAAGGAAAUGGACCUGUAUCACAGAUACAUUUACCAAAAUUAUGCCAACGCUAGUCAAGACGUAUUUGGUGGAUAUGGAGAGAGGAAUAGGAUGAGAUUGAAAGAGAUUCAGACAAAGUAUGACCCAGAAGGAGUUUUCAGCUGA